AUGAGUUGUUUCUUGGGGUCAUCAUCAACACACAGCAAAAGUAGGGAGAAUGAAGCCUCAUCCAUGGUUGUUGCUUAUGAACAACAGAACCCUCCGUGGAAUGAUCAGGCACAAAAAACAUCAUGGGAAUCGGUGUCAAUUAGCAAAGAAUCGCUGAACAACAUCGAGGCACAGAGUUACAGAUUCCUUGAACUAGCGGCUGCUACAAAUAGUUUCAGGCAGGAGUGCUUGAUCGGAGAAGGAGGGUUCGGGAGAGUUUACAAAGGGAAGCUGGAGAAGACAGGACAGGUGGUGGCUGUGAAGCAACUGGAUCGAAAUAGAUUGCAAGGGAACAGAGAGUUUCUGCUAGAGAUCUCUGCAUUAAGUACUCUUAAUCAUCCCAAUCUUGUUAAUCUUAUUGGAUAUUGCCUUGACGGAGACCAAAGACUUCUUGUUUAUGAGUUUAUGCCUCUUGGUUCCCUUGAAGAUCAUCUCCUCGCAGAUGUUGCACCUGGACAACAACCAUUGGACUGGAACACUCGGAUAAGGAUAGCCUUAGGAGCUGCAAAAGGGCUCGAGUAUCUCCACGAAAAGGCAAACCCUCCGAUGAUAUAUCGAGAUUUUAAAUCGUCGAACGUAUUGCUCAACAGAGAUUUUGAUGUAAAACUAUCUGAUUUUGGGUUGGCAAAACUUGGUUCGGUUGGUGACACCCAAAAUGCAUCUUCCCGGGUUACGGGAACCUAUGGUUAUUGCGCUCCUGAGUAUCAGAAAACCGGUCAUCUAACGAUUAAAUCUGAUGUGUAUAGUUUUGGAGUCGUGUUGUUGGAACUAAUAACCGGUAAACGAGUUAUUGACACAACCAGACAGAGCCAUGAACAAAAUCUUAUUACUUGGGCACAACCGAUUUUCAGAAAACCAAAUAGAUUCCCGGAGCUAGCUGAUCCACUUCUUCGAGGCGAGUUCGCGGAGAAAAGUUUAAACCAAGCUAUAGCAGUAGCGGCAAUGUGUCUGCAUGAAGAACCAAUAGUUCGACCAUUAAUCAGUGAUGUCGUUACCGCCUUAAGUUUCAUGACUACAGAAACAAAUUCAUCUUCUGGUUUCGCUAGUGGCGUCCUGAAAUUUCAACCUUCGUCUGGUAAAAUUCAAACAGUGGAGGACCUGCUUCAAAAUUAG